UUAUAUAUCUUCCUCCUCACCUUAGUAGUUCAGCUAGUACUACUACUUUCAUCUGGUUCUUUCAUAGUUCAUACAUAUCUUAGUACCUGCUCAUAGAAAGAGAAGAAAGAAGAGAGAUGGGUAGAGGUAAGACUGAGCUCAAGAGGAUUGAGAACUCAACAAACAGACAGGUGACUUUCGCAAAGAGGAAAAAUGGGUUGUUGAAGAAAGCUAGAGAGAUUUCCAUUCUCUGUGAUGCUGAUGUUUCUGUUGUUAUGUUCUCUGAAGCUGGAAAUAUGACUGAAUACUCUAGUGCUCCGUUGAUUGAGCAAUUAGCUAGAUAUCAGAAAGAAUCAGGGAAAACAUUAUGGGAUGCUAAGCAUGAGCGUCUCAGCGCUGAAAUCGAUAGAGUCAGGAAAGAGAACAGCAAUUUGCAGAUCGAGCUAAGGCACCUGAAAGGUGAGGAUCUGAAGCCCCUAUCUCCUCAGGAGCUUCAUGCCUUAGAAAAUGCCCUUGAAGAUGGAUAUGCUGGUGCUCGUGCCAAAAUUAAGGAGCACCAUAGAAAACUCAAGAAAAAUGGAAGACUGUUGGAGGAGGAAAAUAAGCGCCUCAGUGCCACUUAUCAGCAGCAGCAGCAAAACAAAUGGAACAUGGGAGCAAUGUGAAAGUCGAGCUUCGAAAUGGAGUUGGUUGCAUUUGAACUUAGAAAAGCUGUCACUAUUUUUUGUGUUCUUCAGUUGAAAUGAACAGCUUCUUUUUUGUGCCUUUGAUGUUCUUAGAGCUAAACUUAAGGAAAAGAAACAAACCUGUGUUCUGCUGCAAAAAGAGUGUUUAGUUACUUUAGUAUGAAUUUAAGCAAAGAACUUAUAAAAGCUCAAUGAAGCAAGUUUUAG